AUUUUUUUGAUUUACUCUCAAGCCCCUAUUACGCUAUACUAACUGUCGAGACAAGAUAACGUUCCGACUCCUCAGUAAUGUAAGUACAUAUUCAAAUUCAAGUUUUAAGUUUAUCCUUUGUUAAAAUGAAGUUGAUCCUUAUAAGCAGUCUGGUUUUCAUCGAAUUACUUUCUUUCAAUUAUUGUGAUUAUCUAAGCCCAGAGAUUAUCUCUAGUGGAGAUGAAGAACGUAUUCAAAACGAAUGUGAUCCCGAUAACUUAUUAUCAUCUGACCAAAUCAACACCCUAAUAUUUAUAAGGGGUCCUCAUACACGACACUUUGUAGCGAAAUCGUUUCUAGAAUCACUGAGGAUUGAAAAGGAGAAAGAGAUGCUUGAAAAGGAGAAAGAGAUACUUGAAAAAGAGAAAAUUUUUCCAAAUUUUGAACGUGCCAGCAGAAUUUCACAAAACAUUCUGCAAUGGUACUAUAAUACACCAACCGAAAAUACCGAUGCCUUCCAAGGUAUUAAAGAAGUCCCACUCCAUCAAGAUGGCACUUGCAGUCAUGUGACCAUGCCGGAAUCAGAUCUUGUAAAAACAAAGGAACUAGAAGCCGAGGACCCUGAUAUAACUAAUGUAAACCAAGUUACCAGCGAUUAUCGUAGGUGGUAUUGUUUUCUUUCAAGAAAUGAAAGUAAUUUGGCGAUCCGUAUCAACACCAGACUUCAUCUCUACUGUAAUCAAAAUCCGACUUUGUGUGACAAUAAUACAACUACAUUACGUCUGAAAUUUUGCGCAUCAGUAGCCAGAUCAGCUAGAGCAUUUGAAUUCAUUCACCUCAAGUUUUUACCAUUAUUUUACUUUUCAGAGGACAAAUACGACAAAUCUGACUCUGACGAAAUGAAAGAAGAUUUCACAAUGUAUUUGUUUUCUAACUGGCAGUCCUAUUCUUUCAAUAAUGAAGAUGUUGCUUUUCUUAAUAUUCUACUAAAGUGUCAAAUACCUGAAAUGGAUGUCAGUUUUUCAGUUUUUUUAGACUACAUACACGCAGUUAAUUACAAUCAUGGUAAUAAAUGGGUGGCAAUUCCGUUAUUCGAUAAAUGUUUGAAACAGGAAUUUGGUCGUGUUCACUUUGAUGAUGUAUGAUCCCAUGUUCAUCACUAAAGCAGAAUUUUUUACUUGAAAUGGACAAUACAUAAUUAUAUUGGCACAACAGAAGAAGAGAUUCAAACAAUAGGACAUUUGAAUGACAAAAUAGGAUUCAUCAAUGACAAUUGGUAAUAUCAGCUCAGCGGCGUGACAAUAAUUCAAGUUCAUUUAUUUGCUGAUGACACAGCUAUACAAUACUUCCCUUGCAUAAAGACAUUGAAAUUGCUACCACACGCUUACAAAAUGAGAAUUCCGAUGGUGUAUCAAAAUUAAUGAAUACAAAUCUGAACAUGUAAUCCUCAUUGCUUGAAAAAUCUGCAACUUACCAGUCACCAUCAACAUGAUAACACCACAAAAGAACUCUAUGAAGUAUUUGGGAAUUCACGUUGACUUGACAAGACAUUAACACGGGGCAGUGUUGGUUGUUUAAAACUCGAUCGUUUAAAACAUUGUUUAAAACAGCCAUUUUAAAUGCCGAGAAGAAAACAUUGUUGUUUAAAACAUAAUUUCUAUUUAAAACUGUUUUUAUUGUUUAAAACUUGUUUUUUU